GCUGGUCACAGGGAUGCGUUCAAAUUUAGUCAGUAAUUUGAGGAACUCUCAAAAUGGCGAACGCAGGGAAAGUGGAGCUCGAAAAUCCUCCACCAACAUUAAAGUCUCCGGUUUGGGAACAUUAUGGUUUUGCAGUUGCAUACAACGAUGACGGACAAAGACAGGUGGACCGAACUAAAGCUGUUUGUCGGCAUUGUUCGACACACAUUGGUUACGCGGCCGGCAAUACAACAAACAUGCACACGCAUCUGAAAAGACAUCACCCGAACGUAAAUAUUACCGGUAUCAAACGAAAAAUGACUGAAGUGCAAACUCAACUCCCACUAUCAUUUAAGCCUCCACCACUCGUAAAAAGUUCCGACCGAGCCACAGCUAUCACAAACGCCAUAGGUGUUUUCAUAGCAGCGGACAUGCGACCAUAUUCCGUUGUGGAGAAUAUAGGGUUCAAACACAUGUUGAGAGUGGUCGAGCCUCGUUACCAGGUUCCCUCUCGUCCGCACUUCAGCCAGGAAGUGAUACCAGCACUUUACAAUAAAGUAAAAACAACAGUUGUCCACGACCUAUCCAAGGCAUCUUCUAUUGCUCUAACGACCGAUGGGUGGACAUCUCGGGCCACCGAGAGUUAUUUAACUGUAACGGCGCACUACAUUACACCCGACUGCAACUGGAACAUGCAAAGCCACGUCCUGCAAACUCGCCCCCUUUACGAACAGCACACAAGCACAAAUCUGGCAGAGGUACUGAAGGAGGUAGUGUCAGAAUGGAAGUUGGAGAGGCCAGGUAACACAAUUCCAGUCACAACAGAUAACGCAAGAAACAUUGUCAAUGCAAUCAGUGAAGCUGGACUGGGCCCCCAAAUUGGAUGCUUUGCUCACACAAUUAAUUUAGCUGCACAAAAAGCAACAGGAAUCAACCAGGUGUCCAGGCUGCUAGGCAGAAUCAGGAGUGUUGUGUCUUUCUUCCACCGUAGCACAACAGCUGCACAUAUAUUGCAGUGCAAACAGGAGAUGCUCAAUGUGCCAAAACACAAACUCAUCCAUGAUGUCCCCACUCGCUGGAACUCCAGUUAUGACAUGGUGGAGCGGUAUCUUGAGCAGCAAGCUGCUGUUUACUCAGCAUUGACAGAAAAGACCCUCAAGAAAAACAAAAACAUUAAUACAUUGAGUGACCAGGAUGUGAGAAUGGCAGAGGAGGUAAUUGAGGUCCUUAAACCCCUAAAAACGAUCACAACACUGAUGUGCACUGAAACAACUCCAUCAGUUUCAAUGAUCCUGCCUCUCAAAACAAUGCUGAUUAAAUCCAUGGGACCAAAUGAGAAGGACUGUCUAACUGUGAAGGAAGUCAAAGCUGCCAUCAGAGGGAGCCUAAAGGACAGAUACACUGACCCUGCUCUUCAGGACUUUCUUCAUAAAUGCACAGCUGUAGAUCCAAGGUUCAAGGCCCUUUCUCAUGUGGAUAAUGCCUGCCGUGAACACAUCUACAACAGUCUCACCACAGAGAUUGUGGCCAUUGAAGAACAGAGGGAGGCCACAGAGACAGCAGGAGCCAUGUCAUCCGCAGGGAGAGCAGACCCAGAGGAAUCUGUAGAAUCUUCCUCCUCCUCCUCCUCCUCCUCCUCCUCCUCCCAUCCUCCUCCUCCUCCUCCCAUCAGGAAGUCAGCCAUGGCAGAACUGUUUGGUGAGCUCUUCAACACUGAGGAGAGAAACAAGCCCACUUUGCAGCUGGUGAAGGGAGAGGUUACCUCAUACAUGGCAGCGGACAGCACUUCACUGGACUCCGACCCACUUGCAUGGUGGAAGAACAAUGAGGCCAAAUAUCCUCAUGUUGCCAUGUUGGCAAAGCGCUACCUGGCUGUAUCUGCUACCUCUGUCCCUAGCGAGAGGGUGUUCUCCACAGCAGGAGACAUUGUUAGUGCCAGCAGAUCUGCCCUUUCAGCAAGCAAUGUGGACAAGUUAAUUUUUCUAAAAAAAAACCUGAAAAUACAAUGAGAAGCAAUCUGCCGGCUAAUGUCAAUCUGCUGGCUGCUCAGGUCUGAGUACUAGUAUUACGAACAGAGUACUACAGUACAGUUCAAGCACAGAUUUCAGUUCAUCGAAAUGCUGCACUUUUAUGUUCAUUUUGUUAUAUUUUUUAUUUAUUAGA